CAUUUGCGUUUGUGUUCUACAUUUUCGUUUUGUACUUCGGUUCGGUUUUUAUAUAAAAAAUGCAAUAAAUAAAUAAUAAACAUUAAAGGAAAUUAUUAAUUAAAUUAAUUUACUUAAUUUAUUUCCCGUUCCUACUCGGUUUUGUGAAAACGCUUUUAUGAAAAUCAAUGUGCUGCGCUAUUACAUCUAUAAACGGUGUCAACAAACAAGUUAUUAAAAUACACAAGAAACAAACCAUCAGUAUUAUUGUUGAGGAACUAAAAGAAAUUAAGCAAUAUAUUUGUUUUAUUCAGGACUUCGUAAUUAAAAACUUAAUUUUCUUAAUUUUAUAUUUAUAAUUUAAAAGCUUUUGAACACUGAACGUUAUUUUUUAAAUUAUAUAUUCCUCGUUUCUGUGCCAUUUGCGUCUUUGGACGAAACGAAAAUCACGUAUCUACAACAUAUUUUUCACUAAAUGAUGACUACCAGCUCUAAUAGUAACAACAUGGUUGAAAGUCAACAACAGCAGCAAAACGGCAGUAGCGGUCUCGGAGCUGCUACCGCGAGUGGCGCAGUAACAGCAGCAACGGCUACCGCUAAUGCUGGUAGUAAUAAUAAUAACAAUAAUAAUACAAAUGCUAACAACAACAACAAUAAUAUGGAUAACGACUCUAAAACAAAUUUGAUUGUGAAUUACUUACCCCAGACGAUGUCUCAAGAGGAGAUUCGGUCGUUAUUUGUUAGUUUUGGGGAUGUGGAGAGUUGCAAACUGAUUAGAGAUAAAGUUACAGGUCAAAGUCUCGGGUACGGAUUUGUAAAUUAUAUAAAGCAAGAAGAUGCUGAGAAGGCAAUAAGUUCACUCAAUGGCUUGCGUUUACAAAAUAAAACAAUUAAAGUUUCAGUAGCCCGUCCUAGUUCAGAAUCAAUUAAGGGUGCAAAUUUAUAUGUGUCUGGUCUUCCCAAAAAUAUGACUCAACCAGAACUCGAAGUACUAUUCAGUCCAUAUGGCAAGAUAAUUACCUCAAGAAUUUUAUGCGACAAUAUCACAGGUCUAUCGAAAGGUGUUGGCUUUAUACGUUUCGAUCAACGUCAUGAAGCUGAUCGUGCUAUAAAGGAGUUAAAUGGAACUAUACCAAAAAACGCCACCGAUCCAAUUAUUGUUAAAUUUGCCAAUAACCCCAGUAAUAAUAAGUCCUUACAACCAUUGGCUGCUUAUUUAACGCCACAGACUGCUAGAGCACGCGGUUUUCCCGCCGCCGCAGCGGCAGUUGGCGCAGCUGCUGCAGCGGCAGCUAUACAUCCUUCGGCAGCAAGCCGCUACAGCUCGGUGAUUUCACGUUAUUCACCUUUGGCUGGUGAUCUUUUGGCGAACACAAUGCUACCGGGGAAUCCCAUCAACGGUUCCGGAUGGUGUAUUUUCGUUUACAAUUUGGCACCAGAAACUGAGGAGAAUGUAUUGUGGCAGUUAUUUGGCCCAUUCGGUGCCGUGCAAUCAGUUAAGGUUAUACGUGAUCUGCAAACCAAUAAGUGCAAAGGUUUCGGCUUUGUCACUAUGACUAAUUAUGAAGAAGCUGUUGUCGCCAUACAAUCCCUCAAUGGAUAUACACUGGGCAACCGUGUACUUCAAGUCAGCUUUAAGACGAAUAAAACAAAGCAAACCAACAGCAACAUCAAUGCCACCAGCGGUCAGCACAAUAAUAGUAACAGGUUACAACAUCAGAGCCAGCAACAUACAAAUCGUAAAACACAGCAACCCCCCACGGCGGCUACAACAACAAGAGCCACUGAUUUGCAAUCACUAUUGAAUUUGCCACCACCACAAACCCCACAUCAAGCAGCGGCAGCCGCGGUCGCAGCAGCAACAAUUGCAAAUGUAGCUGCAGCCGCAUCGAUUAGUUCAUUUGGUGCCAAUGGUUGUAAUCAGCGAACAGGUGUAAAUUCUAUGGCAGGGCGCAGUCCAAUACCUACAACACCUCAGACACAGGCUCUCAUAAAGACAGCAAGCAAAUUUAUCUACAACAAGCCACGCAAUCACUUUGAGUUAUUACAACAGCGUGUGCAAAUGCAACAAGAAUUUGCACAUCUUCUUACGAGUGUUGCUGCGAGCAGUACAGCUGCUGCUGCAGUCCAACAACAUACACAGCAUCAACAGCAUCGCGGCCGGGGUGUAGUGGGAGCAGCAAACAACAACUUCGCCGGCACGUCUAGCAGUAACACUCGUGCCGCGCAAGCUGCAGCAGCAGCCGCAGCAGCUGCAAAAAAUUCACUUUCUUCCCUUUUACCUUAUUCGAAUUGGUUUUUUUAAGUUAUACUUAUGUUAUUUCUAUCGGAGUUUCUUUAAUAGUUUUAGGUACAAAAUGUUAAUUAUUAACAAAUUGAGUUCUUGAAUUUUAAUCAUUUACGUUUGUUUGAUUAUAAGAUGUGUUCGUUAUAUAUUGCGGAUAUGCAAUAUUUAGAGAGGUAAUAUAAUUGCUUAAUUGCUUUCGGGAAUUAACGCUUAGCCAAUAAUUUUCAAGAUGAUAUAAUUAUUGAUAUUUUCGUGCUGAAGUUACAAUUCUAAUUGUUGAAAGAAUCCAAAUUGCUUUUGUUUACUUUUCAUCACCAUUAGCCACAGUUUAGACUUAGGUGAUUUGAAUACUGUUUUUAACUCUGACAACUGAAUAUUAAUAUACAUAUAUAUUUACUGUUUCUUUUACUAUAUAGUAUUUUGUAAGAAUUGUUAUAUUUGUUUAAUAUGGGAUUACUUAAACUGCUUUAAUCGAUCAUGAUGCAAAAUUUUAUAGAUACACCUGUGAAAUAAGUUAAGAUCUGGAGAAUAACGAGCGUCUCAAACUAAUUAUUUAUUCACAAUAGUAAUAAUUUUUAGCAAGAUUUGUAGUUAUUAAUUUUUUUCCUACAAAAAAUGUUUUCGAAGUUACUUGAGUUUCAUCCAAUUGGUUUAAAACAUAAUUUGCAUAGAUUGAUAUUAUUUUAUUAUUUAAAGCUUCCUUUAAUAGCAUAAAAAGUAUUUCACUUGCAUCCUACAUCAUCUAACUUGCAUAUAAGCCGAAAAUAUUUAGAAUAUUCGUAAAAUUAAAGUUUUUACAACAAACUAUGUAUGUGUGAAAUCGCCACAUCUUUUUUUGCUACAUCUUUUAACAAGUGAGUAUGUUCAAUCUACAAGCCCGUAAUUCGAACGCAUUUUUACAUUUUUUGAAAGCAUACAUUUAUAAAAUCCUAGUUUUACAACUUAUAAAUCAGACAGUUUGUUGGUAAUGGCAUACAAAAUUUGCAAAAUGUUAAUCGUUUUGCAAAAUAUGUAUAAUGCGUAUACAUAUUUGUUAGUGCUAUAAGUAUUUAUAGAAUUACAUUGAAUACGGUGUUUGAAAUCAAGUGAUUCGAAUAUUUAUGUUUUUCUUUGGUCUUGUAUAAUGAACAUCAAGUAGCUCCCAGUUCUGACUAUUAACAAUUUGCGUAGUAUACAUUACAAUCUAUGAUAUUCAAAUAAAUUUUAUACAUGUACUUAAAAGUAAUUUUAUACAUUUAAAGAUGUAUUUGAAAUAAAAAAGAAAUGUGCAUAACCAAAA